AUCCGACGGUUCAGAUGUGCUUGAUCUGGGCCGUUGGCACAGAGCAUCUGGACCGUUGGCUUUAAGAUAUGGUGUUUUGAAUUGUUUGUCCAAACCCCAAAACCCCUAGGGGGAGGAAGACGAAGAACAGCGAUGUCAGCGGCGAGCACCGCCGUGAAAUUAGGUAUGCUCGCGACUCCCUCGAAGAUCAGCGAAUCGAGAUGCCACAGGUCGACGCGCCGGGCGGAAGCUCACGCUUCCUCGUCAGGAACAGGGACAGGGAUCUUGGAGAUGGGAUCUUGCCGAUGCGCAAUGCAGCGCAGCGAUGGCGAACUCAUCCACAAGAUGACUAAGAGCACAAUGGAGGCCGCGAUUGGGCCGGCCGGAGUAGAGCAGCAGCAUCGAAAUAUUUCGGUGGCGACGAGACUGGCAGAGGGCGUGCUGGAAGAGAAGCCUUGCUUGGAUGAGAAUGCACAGCAAUGGUGGAUAGAAUCUGGGGGCAGGCUUCCUUCUCUCGAGAGGAUUUUGCUAGAAGCGCGGUGGUCUUUCAGGCAAGAGGUAGAGUGGUCUUCUUCGAGAGAGGGUGAUAGCGAGAUGGAGGAAUCUAGCAAUCCCAAGGUUGUGAGAUCGGGACGGCCUGGAGCAAGGCAACGAAGGCUUGCUGCCAAGGAGCAAAGGGGCGAGACCACGACGAGUACUUCUUCCAGGGAGGAAGGCUUGGGGAACAACUCAAGCAAAAAUGCUAGUGUUCCAACUCGACGAAGAAGGACUAAAGGCGUGAAAACGGAGAGAUCCAUGAAAGGCUUCGUGGAUUCGUUUCUUAAAAACGCUGAGCCGCAUGACAUGACGAACGAGGAGCAGCUUGAUUUGUGGGAGAAAAUACGUAUGGCUGGUGAAUUGGUGAAGGAACAAGAGAGGCUGAUCUCCAAACUUGGUUACGAGCCUUCCAUGCACCAAUUGGCGACAGCGUCGGGGUUGCCUGUGAAGCAAGUGACACUGAUUUUGAGCCAAGGCGGUGCCGCGAGGAAGCGGAUGAUCCUGUCCAAUCUCAGGCUCGUCGUCGCAAUUGCAAGGCGCUACGAGAACAUGGGAGUUGAGAUUGGCGAUCUGAUUCAGGAAGGUACUCUUGGACUCAUCCACGGGCUUGAGAAGUUCGACGUGAGCCGAGGCUUCAAAUUCUCUACAUAUGCGUACUGGUGGAUCUUUCAAGCAAUGAUCCGAUCUUUGGACAAGCGAGGGAAAUGCGUGAGAUAUCCAUUCCAUCUCUGUGAAGCCAUCCGAAAGAUCAAUCAGCUGAGGAACAGACAAGUUGACGACAGGCCAGUGUCAGUCGAGACUAUGAUGCAAGUCCUUAAGCUGCCGAGGGCCAGGAUCGAAAUCGCCCUUCAGGCAAGCAACUACAGGCUAACAUCCUUAGAUCGACAUGUAGCCAACAAACGCUGCUUUGAAGAAGGGGAUCCUCUCGAGGACUUUAUCGUUGAUCAAAACGUGGAGAAUCAGCCAUGGCUGAUGGCGGAAAGAGAUGCUGUGAAGGAAGAAUUGGAUCGACUUCUGGAAUCAAAGCUAGAUGCUCGAGAACGCGAAGUUAUCAGAAAACGCUUUGGCCUCCAUCCCAACCAGACAUCGCCACUCUCAAGGCACGAAAUUGGUAGAAGCUGUGGAAUCUCGAGAGAACGAGUAAGACAAUUGGAGAACGAUGCCAUGGCCAAGCUCCGCGCUUGCAAGUCGAGAUUAAGCAUGGAAUUCCUCUUAAGCUCCGCGUAUGACACUAUCCUUUGGUAAAAGUAAAAUAGUUGAAAUCAAAUGUAAAAGUUUUGUUUGCC